AAUGAGAAAAGCACAAAUAGUUUUAGUUUUUGUUAUUUAGAUUUUGUGAUUUAGAGACAGCUGGACUAAUUCUGAAGUCAGAACCUUGAAGACUGCAAGAUGAACAGUCCACAGAGCUGCACAGAGGAUGAAGCUCCUGACGCUCAACAUGCAAAAUCAACCAAAGGGUCAAAGGUCACCUCAGAGAGAAUAGCCCUGUCCGUUUUCAGUGUUCUCCUGGCAGCAGCUGUCAUUGUUAUUUACCGUCUCUCUGUUGAAAACUGGCUUAGCAGAAAAAAUCUCCAAACACUGAAUGAAGAGAAUGCAGCUUUGAGGAAAACUCUCACGGAAGUAAAAUCAUGCAGCAAUAAGCAUCUCACGUGUCCUGAAAUUCCUAAAGUGAAUAUAAACGGGCCAUGUGCAUGUGAUGAAGGCUGGGAUGAACAUGGAGGAAAGUGUUAUUACUUCUCCACCAAUAAAUCAUCCUGGACAGAGAGCAGAGAUGAAUGUAGGGCUAAAGGAGGCGACCUGGUUAAGAUAGAUAACUGGUGUGAGCAGAUUUUUCUAAGAACCAGAUUGAAUGGAAAAAUGGAGAACUUUGAAGACAUGUUCUGGAUUGGCCUGACAGAUGCAGUGGAAGAGGGCAGAUGGUUGUGGUUGGAUGGCUCACCACUAAACACAAGUUUGUCUUUUUGGGCUGACCAUGAGCCGGACAACUGGACUCAUGAAAAUCCUGAUGGAGAGCAUUGUGUAAGGCUGGGGGAAGAAGAAGGAGAAGAACCCCUGAAGACUUGGUAUGAUAAGUUUUGCAAAGCUCCUAAUAAGAGCAUAUGCGAAAAAUGGGUAAAAACAGAUUGACUGACUGUUUUAUUUCAAACAUAUAAAAAUAACUGAACUAACAAGAGAAUGCAUUGUAAAAGAUAUUGAGUGGUCAUGAAUAUCUGUGUGUACCACUCAAUUUAGAUGCUCAAAAAGUAGUAGGAUGAAAUUUACACCAUUUGAUCCUAGUCUAUUCACAUGCAAAAUACACACAUAAAACAAUAUAAGUUUACAAACUAAAAAGGCAAACUACAUUUUUACUUUGAGCUAUACACACUGUUAUUAACACGCUUCUAAAUCUCUGUGCCUUCUGAUAAAAAAAACACUUUAUUCUCUGUUUAAAAACUGAGUUCUGGUUGUACAUGUUUAAUAUGAAAGUGUAUUUCUGUAACACAUAUCCUAAUGAAUACUUUCAGCUUGGGUUACUCUCGCUCUAAUCAACAAAAAUGAAGACAGGGCUUCAUUAGAAUACAGUGAGACUUCUCAAUGACUAUAUUCAUGGAAUUUAUUGUUUUUUUGUUGUUUUUUUUAAAGGUAUGAAGUUAUGCAUUGAUGUACUUUUUUUUUUAAAAUUCCUCUAUAGAGUUCUUCCACAAACUAACUCCUGUGACUGUAAUGCUGGUAUUUUAUAUUUGUCCUUAUUACUGGCUUGAUGAACAGCCAGUAAUAAGGACAAUUAAGAUGAUUUGGUUUUAAAUGGCACAAGUUCUGAAAGUUGUGAGGCAAAGAUGUUUUUGCGGCCUUAAGCAUUAUUUGUGCAGUUCUGAGGUCAACCAAAUCUUAAACUUAAGAAUACCAAAUUUAAUUUUCAAAAAAGGAUUUGAUGGUUCUUUUGAAGUGGCUUUAUUUACUUUACUUUAUUUACUAUCCUUAUCACUCUUUUUUUGCAGAAUAUAUAAUGGAUGGGUGUUUGUUUUGUACCUAGAGCAGGGCUGUCAAAUGUACGGUGGCCCGCAGUACAACUGCAUCCGGUGUCAUGACCUAACAUCAUGUUGGUCAUGUGUGUUCAUGUGUCCGCCUCCUCCGACCAGAGGAUGGUUGUGGGUUUUUCUCUCUGUUCCCUCCUUGUGUGUCUUGAUCGAGUCAAAGGCUUGCUGAGUGGUUGGGUUGAAUUCAUUCCUGUUCCAGGAUUAGAUAAUUGGUUGUACAGCAAGCUGUGAACUACCAGAUGACAGCCACCUCGCCCCUCUGUCCUAGGCUCCACCACCCAAUAAACAGCCUGUGGUUCUGCUCAUUGCUUUUAGUGUUUCUGUGUGAAAAUCUUAGCCAAACAUUGUGUUAUUGAAUAUAAAUCGAGUUGUGUUUCUGGUUCUAAGAUGAGACCUAGCGAUGGCCCAAUGAAGCGUUCUCAUGCAUUGAAGCUUGUACUGAAAAAGGGUUUAACUGAUACACUGGGGUCCCAUGCCAGCCAUCUCUCUUAUACCGUUAGAAAUCUUGACGUUGUCCUUGACAGCUCUCUCAAAUUAGACAAACAAGUGUCCUCAGUUCCCUAUACAAAAUCCUUUUGUAUACUUUUAAAAUUUUAAAUAACUUGGCACCCAGUUACCCAACAGACCUUCUUGACGUGUAUAGCCCCAAGAGAGCGCUCAGAUCCUCUAACCAACUGCUCUUAGUGUAACAAAGGCCCCGACGAAAGACUAGAGGGGACCGAGCUUUUGCAAUUGCCGCACCUAAACUCUGGAAUAAUCUUCCUAUAAAUGUCUGCAUGUCAGAAUCCAUUCAAUCGUUCAAAUCACACUUAAACCUUACUUGUUCCAUCUUGCCUUUGAAGCAAAUUAGUUCAGACUUCCACCUGGUCUGCAUUUGUGCUGUUUAACUGUCACUGUAAUCGUUUUAAACUGUUAUUGUUGCCUUUUGUUGUAAUCUGCUUUGCUACCUUAUAUGAAGCACUUUCAUGGACACUGUCCUUUUUAAAUGUGCUAUAGAAAUAAAUAUUGAUUGAUUAA